AAACUCAAACCAAACAGGGAAGGCACCAAAUAUCAACAAUCCCUCACCUUCCCUUUCCUCCUCCUCUCUCUCUCUCUCUCUCUCUCUCUCUCUCUCUCUCUCAACCCUAAUGGAGAAACAAAAUCAUCAAGGAAGAGAUGAUCAUGAAUUCAUAUUCCGGUCCAAACUUCCGGAUAUUUACAUUCCCAAGCACUUACCGCUCCACACCUACUGCUUCGAAAACAUAUCACAGUUCAGCUCCAAGCCCUGCAUCAUCAAUGGCGCCACGGGCGAGACCCACACCUACGCCGACGUCGAGCUCACCGCCAGGAGGGUCGCCGCGGGCCUCCACAAGACCGGCAUCCGCCAGGGCGACGUCAUCAUGCUGCUCCUCCACAACUCGCCCGAGUUCGUGUUCGCCUUCCUCGGCGCGUCCUACUCCGGCGCCACCGCCACCACGGCCAACCCGUUCUACACCCCGGCUGAGAUCGAGAAGCAGGCCAGGGCCGCCAGGGUCAAGCUGAUCAUCACCCAGGCGUGCUACGCCGAGAAAGUGACGGAAUUGGGGGAGGAAAACGGGAUCAAGGUCAUGUGUACGGACGCGGCCGUGGAGGGGUGUUUGCAUUUUUCCGAGUUGACAGGGGCCGACGAGAGCGAGUUGCCGGCGGUGAAGAUCAGCCCUGACGAUGUGGUGGCGCUGCCGUACUCGUCGGGGACGACGGGGCUGCCCAAGGGCGUUAUGCUCACGCACAAGGGGUUGGUCACUAGCGUGGCUCAACAGGUGGAUGGGGAUAAUCCCAACCUGUACUUCCACAGCGAGGAUGUGAUCAUGUGUUUGCUUCCACUCUUCCACAUCUACUCCCUCAACUCGGUGUUGCUCUGUGCGCUCCGAGUAGGGGCUGCGAUCCUGAUCAUGCAAAAGUUCGAGAUCAAUGCGUUGCUGGAGCUCGUUCACAAGUACAGGGUGACGAUAGCACCGUUCGUGCCCCCGAUCGUCCUGGCAAUAGCCAAAAGUCCGGUGGUCGAUAACUACGACUUGUCGUCGAUCCGAACAGUGAUGUCCGGUGCUGCUCCCAUGGGGAACGAACUAGAGGAUAAAGUCAGAGCUAUGUUUCCGAAUGCUAAACUUGGACAGGGUUAUGGCAUGACGGAGGCAGGACCAGUGCUGUCGAUGUGCUUAGCGUUUGCAAAAGAACCGUUUGAGAUAAAAUCAGGGUCAUGCGGGACUGUCGUUAGAAAUGCCGAGAUGAAAAUCAUCAAUCCCGACAUUGGGAAUUCUCUUCCCCGGAAUCAAGCCGGAGAAAUAUGCAUCAGAGGGGACCAGAUCAUGAAAGGCUAUCUAAAUGAUCCGGAGGCCACUGAAAGAACAGUAGACAAAGAAGGAUGGUUGCACACUGGUGAUAUAGGUUACAUUGACGACGACGAUGAGAUAUUCAUCAUCGAUCGGCUGAAGGAAUUGAUCAAGUACAAAGGGUUCCAAGUAGCCCCUGCCGAGCUCGAAGCAAUGUUGAUUGCUCAUCCCAACAUCUCAGACGCGGCUGUUGUACCCAUGAAAGAUGAGGGAGCAGGAGAAGUUCCGGUUGCAUUCGUGGUAAGAGCCAAUGGUUCAAAGAUCAAUGAGGAUGAAAUCAAGCAAUAUAUCUCAAAACAGGUGGUAUUCUACAAGAGAAUCAAUAGGGUUUUCUUCACUGAUUCAAUCCCUAAAGCUCCAACGGGCAAAAUACUCAGAAAAGACCUUAGAGCGAAGCUCGCAGCUGGUUUUCCCAAUUAACCCCUAUAUAUGUUAUAUACGUACUGGUGUGUCAAGCUUUUGAUAGAUUUGUUUACAAUGGCAUGCAAGUGGCCAUGGAGUACUUUAAUUCGUCCCAUUGGCCCUGAAGAUCGAAGACAAAAGAAGGCACUCAAUUUAUUCCAAAGGAGAGAGAGAGAGAGAGAGAGAGAGAGAGAGAGAGAGAGAGAGAGAGAGAGAGAGAGACAUGCAUCCUGAGUUUCUGUAUGAAAUUGUUAAAUUUAUGUAUAUGAUGAAUAUUGGACAAUUCAGUAUUAUUGCUUCAAGUUUGAUCAGUGACAGACUACAUAUGUAUAUUUUCUUGAUCAGUUCGAUCAGUGACAAAUCAUUUAGUAUUUUUUCUUCAGAUUUAUAUAUAUGCCGUUUAUUAAA